CACCAAUAGGUGUAGUCGGCCAUAAAACUUUAAAGAAGAAGAACGGAAGUGAACAGUGACCAGAAACAAGCGUUUAUAUUGAUGUUAUUUAGACGUUUAUUAACACCCUGGAACUAAAACGGUGACACUUUUAACCGCACAGAAUCGCAUACUUACCUCGGGCAGUUUUUAAUUCGCGUUGAUCACGGGGCUUUGUAUAGAUGCUAGCUGGCUGCAGGUUAGCUAAAAAUGGCUAACGUUAACUGUAUGGUUUUUCACACACAAAUAGCCUCCAUCAUGGAGGUGCUAGCGAAUGCAGCCGUGGCAGAGAUCUGUAAAGUCGUAGACGACGACUAUGCAGUGUUUCGUUUGGAAAUAACUCAAAGCAAGAAAGAAAGCAGGGGAUUGCGGAGGAAACUACAGCUACUGGAACUGAAGGUGGCACGGGAGCGCGCAGAGAGAAUAAUGCGAGAGCGCGUCCUCGCCAGUCGUCCCAGUAGUGUCAAGAUCCUCGACCGAUACAAAGGAAUGACAAGAGGUGAAGGUCAUCUACCUGGAGGCCACAAGAACUUUGUGAAGCCAGUGGGACACAAUACAUGGAGAGAUGACCAACCAAUCACUGUUGAUGAGGGGAGUGGAACCUCAACCCAUCACGUUAUCGUAGAGUCUGCAGAUACAGAGGCUGUAGCUCCUGGGGUCAAACUGGAGAGGUCUAAAGGAGAGGAGUACCCACGGCACAGUGAUGACAUUGAGACUGGACUGGCUGGAGUGCCCCCUGUAGCCACGAAGGACCCCACAACCGCCUCAGCGCGGCCCAGAACCCAACACAGCAUCACGGAGGAGGAGGAGGGUCCAGAGGUGCUGCUGGUGAAGGAGGAGAGUCUGGGGAACCCUGAGGGAACCAUGGUCAUGGAGGACAACCAGACUACACCUCCUCCUGAACCCACAGAGGAACCAGCUGAGCAGCACAGGCCCACACACAGUCUCACUGAGUCAGUAGACAUGGAGGAUGGGAAUCUUGAUCUGCUGCUGGUCAAAGAGGAGACAAUUGAGGAAGAACCAGAGAGCAUUGACCUGCUGAGUGGACUAAAGAUGGGGGAGCAAGGUGGUUGGUUGGAGGCUAACAGAGGAGACUGGGCAGCCAGCUUGAAUUCCCAGACCCCAACAGGUGCAACCAAGGGCCCAAGGGGCAUCACCACUGAGCAGGUCAGGACCAGAGGCGACAUAGUGGAAGUCAGUGGAUGGGACAGCGUCCUCAACUCUGGGCUGGGGAACAACACUGUUAACCACAACCAGAAACAGACAAUCGAACACAAAACAACAACCGAACUUAGUCUCCAUGACAACAGACUAGCUGAGACCAGGGCGAGGUGUAGAUUUGGUCUCCGGGCACGAGGAGGUGUCUGUCUAAGAACAGAUCCGGCUAGCGAUGCUCCGUCCUGCUCCUAUAGUUGUGAUUCAGAGAGACUGAUGGUGCCUCAGGUUAACCCGCUAACAGGUGCUGCCUUCAGCCUGCCUUCUAUAGGAUCCAUCAACUGGAACAUGGACCCUGUGACAACACAGACAGUCCCUGGCCUUAAUCCUCCUCACACUCUCCUAAUGUUAAACCAGACCUCAGACAAUGCCAGUGCCUCAACACUAAAUGGCUACACAAGCCCAUUGACAAAUGACAGUAGUAGUAAUGCUAUCAGUAGAUCCGGUGGCAAAGAGAAGCGAUUCCAGUGUUCGUUCUGUGGGAAAGCCUUCAGUUUCCCCAAACAGGUGGAGAUCCACCAGAGGAUGCACACAGGGGAGAAGCCAUUCGGCUGCCACCUGUGCCAAGCCAGUUUCUCAGACUCGUCCAACCUGAAGAGGCACCAGAGGGUCCACACAGGGGAGAAACCAUUCGGCUGCCACCUGUGCCGAGCUAGUUUCUCCCACUCCUCCAGCCUGAAGAGGCACCAGAGAGUCCACACAGGGUAGAAAUCCUUCAGCUGCCCCAAUGCGAGAAGAGGUUCUCCCACCAGCUGAACAUGCACCUGGAGGUCCACAAGGGGAAGAGGUUCUCAGCGAGGAGGUACCUCAGAAUACGCAUAGUGAUAUGUUGUACAUUUAUAUUUACAGUUUAGUAAUUUAGCACACUAGUUAGUUUGAAGGUAAAGUGUUUUAUACACAGAUCUUUACAGGAAACCUACUGAUCGUAACAGUUUGUUGAGGGCUGACAGUUGUCACCCACUUCCCUUGAAAAAUAGUUUUCCCUACAGCCAAUUCUGUCGAAUCAAAAUAAUUUACAAAAAACAAUCAGAUUUCGAAAGAAAUAUGGCUGAGACGCAAAGAAAAUUCAAGGAGAGGGGGUACAAAAAUGAUCAGAUUAAUAUUGCCAUUGAGAAAAUCCAAAACAAAAUGAGACAUGACCUUUUUCAAGGUCAGUCUCGCAAAAAGACGCAUUCUUGCGUUCUAACUACCCGCAAUUCAAAGUGCUCUGAACAAAUUAAGGGAAUCAUUCAAUCAUUGGCACAUUCUAAAAUCCGAUAAUAAUCUCGGUAAUGUGUUUUCGGUCCUUCCCUUGGUUGUAUUCUCGCGGGGCAGAAAUCUCAGAGACCAAUUGGUACACUGAUUUACCACCCCAAGAUAUUCCCGAACAAUGUCUAUUUGUGCCCGUACUGGAUGGAAAUUACAAGUGUAAUGGUUGUGCUCAAUGCAAUGGCACUUAUAAAUGUUGAUCCUUCAAACACCCAAAAACAGGGAAAUAGAUCCCAAUCAAAGUUGUUAUUAUGUGCUCCACUAAGGCAGUUAUUUAUCUGAUAACUUGUCCUUGCGGUAAAAAUUAUGUGGGUAAAACAAAGCGCAAAUCAAAAAUACGUAUCUCAGAGCAUCGUAGCACCAUUAGGUGCAAAAACUCGACUUACCCAGUUGCGGCCCACUUUUUGGAAGCAAACCACUUGAUUUAGUCUCUGCGUUAUAUUGGCAUCGAACAUGUCACCUUCCCUAGGAGAGGGGGGGAUCUUGAUCAUUUAUUGUUAAAACGAGAGGGUUCCUGGAUCUUUAAUUUAAAGACCCUUCCUCCCUUCGGUCUCAACGCAGACUUUGAUCUGAAGCCAUUCUUGUGACUAUUGUAACUUUUGCCACUGUAAUCGUUUGUAAGCUUGUGUAGUCUAAAAUGAAUCUAUGAUCGUAUGCUAUCCAUUUGUUUUUGUAUGCUGUUCUUUGUCUGCCAUUUUAAUAUGUGAGAAUUAACCAAUGAUAUUAGGCCACACUUGGCCAUGAUUACAGACACCGGUGUGUCUUUUGACACUAUAUAAACGAGUCAUCCCACAGUGUUUGUGAUUAUACCCUGAUGAAGACAGCUUGGCUGUCGAAACGUUGGAUAUUAAAUGUUUUGCAUCUGAGCUCCUAGAGUGUGUGGCUCUCCUUUAUUUUCAAGUUUUCUACUCCAUUAGCCAGCACCACGCCUAUAUAGGUGUGCAUUUAUUUUUCUUCUUGAAGGUAAAGUGUUAGCAAAGUUAUUCAACAGUCGUUGCCAAAAGUUUUGAGAAUGACACAAAUAUUAAUUUUCACAGUCUGCUGCCUCAGUUUGUAUGAUGGCAAUUUGCACAUGCUCCAGAAUGUUAUGAAGUGAUCAGAUGAAUUGCAAUUAAUUGCAAAGUCCCUCUUUGCCAUGCAAAUGAACUGAAUCACAAAAAAAAAAACAUUUCCACUGCAUUUCAGCCCUGCCACAAAAGGACCAGCUAACAUCAUGUCAGUGAUUUUUCUCGUUAACACAGGUGUGAGUGUUGAUGAGGACACGGCUGGAAAUCACUCUGUCAUGCUGAUUGAGUUCAAAUAACAGACUGGAAGCUUCAAAAGGAGGCUGGUGCUUGGAAUCAUUGUUCUUCCUCUGUCAACUUUUGGAGGAUGGCCUGGUGUCAAGAAGGGCAGCAAAGAAGCCACUUCUCUCCAGGAAAAACAUCAGAGACAGACAGAUAUUCUGCAAAAGGUACAGGGAUUGGACUGCUGAGGACUGGGGUUAAGUCAUUUUCUCUGAUGAAUCCCCUUUCCGAUUGUUUGGGGCAUCCGGAAAAAAGCUUGUCCGGAGAAGACAAGGUAAGCGCUACCAUCAGUCCUGUGUCAUGCCAACAGUAAAGCAUCCUGAGACCAUUCAUGUGCAGGGUUGCUUCUCAGCCAAGGGAGUGGGCUCACUCACAAUUUUGCCUAAGAACACAGCAUGAAUAAAGAAUGGUACCAAAACAUCCUCUGAGAGCUACUUCUCCCAACCAUCCAACAGUUUGGUGACGAACAAUGCCUUUUCCAGCAUCAUGGAGCACCUUGCCAUAAGGCAAAAGUGAUAACUAAGUGGCUCGGGGAACAAAACAUUGAUAUUUUGGGUCCAUGGCCAGGAAACUCCCCAGACCUUAAUCCCAUUGAGAACUUAAGGUCAAACCUCAAGAGGCUGGUGGACAAACAAAACCCACAAAUUCUGACAAACUCCAAGCAUUGAUUAUGCAAGAAUGGGCUGCCAUCAGUCAAGAUGUGGCCCAGAAGUUAAUUGACAGCAUGCCAGGGCAGAUUGUAGAGGUCUUGAAAAAGAAGGGCCAACACUGCAAAUAUUGACUCUUUGCAUCAACUUCAUGUAAUUGUCAAUAAAAGCCUUUGACACUUAUGAAAUGCUUGUAAUUAUACUUCAGUAUUCCAUAGUAACAUCUGACAAAAAAUAUCUAAAGACACUGAAGCAGCAAACUUUGUGAAAAUAUAUAUUUGUGUCAUUCUCUCAACUUUUGGCCACGACUGUACUUAUCAAAUGUAUCGUUUUGUGCAAUAAAACUACUAAACUUCAAGUUGAGUGUAUGAUGAUAUUGUUGAAAUUAAAUACAAAAGUAACUCUG